AUGCCAUUACCCGAUCCAAUAUGGGAGCACUUUAGUCAGCUAGGUCACGUGGUUGGGUAUAAGCAAAAAAGAUGGCAAUGUAAAAAGUGUGGGGACCAAAUUAACGAUUCAUUAAGACAAGCCCGCAAGCAUUUUCGAAAAUGUUCAAGAAUUUCAUUAAUACAAAAAAAAAAUUAUUUUGGAGAAUCUUACGAAGAAAGUGAUGACGAAGCAUCUGUAAGCACAUCAACAUCAGCUUCCUUAUUAACAUCUGCUGAUUCUAUUUCAAAAAAAGAACAAGAAUCAUUAGAAUUAGCAUUUGCAAAGUCUAUAUUUCGAUGUGGUCUUUUUUUAUCACUAUCGGAAAUGGAACCUAUAAAGGAUUUAUGGAAAAAAGCCAAACCAGCUUUCAAACUUCCUAGUCGAAAAAAACUUUCGACAAAAUUAUUAGACAUUAUCUUUGAAGAUACUAAAUGUGAAGUUGAAGCCUUAAUUGACAAAAGUGAAAACUUAUGCCUUGUAUCUGACGGAUGGUCCGAUUUAAUACAGCAGCAUUGGACUAAUUACAUUUUGACAACUCCCAAACCUGUUUUUUUCACUGCAUAUCCAACUGGUGAAAUUCGCCAAAAUGGUGAAACAAUCGCCAAAGAUCUUGAAAAAAUAAUUAUUGAAGUUGGCCCGUCUAAAAUCUCAGCUCUAAUUACGGAUAAUGCCUCCGUUAUGAAGAAAGCAUGGCGCAUACUAGAACAAAAAUAUCCUAAAAUGUUUUUUUUAGGUUGUGUAGCACAUAGCUUAAAUCUUCUAAUCGGUGAUAUUUUAAAGAUUUCUUGGUGUGCAAAUAUUUUAAAAAAUGCUAAGGAAAUUGUUCUAUAUUUCCGAUCACAUCAAAUUCCAAUGGCUAUUUUACGUAGACACCAAUCAGCAACAUAUGAACAUCAAGUGUCUUUAAAGCUACCAGUUAAAACACGAUGGGGAUCUUCAGCGACAUGCCUCAAUUCAUUAUUACAAAAUAAGCUUGCGCUUAAAUUAACAAUCACGGAAAUGGUAUACAACAAUCAUGAAACAUUACCAGAAUUAAUCAAUAAAACUAUUAAGGAUGAAAAUUUUUGGAAAAAUAUCGGAAAUCUUCUUCUAAUAUUAGAUCGAUUAAUUGUUGGUAUUUCGCUAUUUGAGGCUGAUACGCCACAAUUGGCUUUAUUUUAUCUUUGGUAUCAUGAGCAGUUAGAAUCGGAUGAAAUAAACAGUCAAAUUAAAAUUUUAUUUGAAAAUCGAUGGAAAAAAAUAUUCUAUCCAGUUAUAGCAUUCGCUCAUCUUUUAGAUCCACGAUAUAAUGGACAAAAACUUACUGCUAAUAGUAUGUUAGUACUAUCACAAUUUGUUCAAAGAUACUAUCCAGACAAUGCAAAUAUUAUCUGGCAACAAUUGAUCGAAUAUAAAACAAAAAUGGGCAUCUUUAAUCUUCAAUUAGCAUGGGAUACAGUUAAUGAUAUCGACCCUAUUGCUUGGUGGAAAGGUAACUUUGAAACUUCAGCACCCGAAUUGUGUGAAGUAGCUAUUCGAAUUCUUUCAAUCCCUUCAUCAUCUGCAGCUUCUGAACGCAACUGGUCAGCAUUCUCAUAUAUUCAAGAAAAAAAAAGAGCCAGAUUAACUAAUGAUCGAGUAUUAAAAUUAGUAUACAUUUAUAGCAACUAUAAGCUUACUUGUUUGCAGCAACAAUUAUCUGAUACAACAAAAGCAAUGGCACGAAUUAAUAAUAGGUCAACUAGACAUCAAAAAAAUGCAGAGCUAUUAGAUCCGAUAGAUGAUGAUCUAGAUGAUUCUUACGAAGAAAUUAUAGUAGAAAAUAAAGAUGAAGAAUUGUUUGAUUGUAUCGAAGAAACUGAUAGUGAAAUAGAUGAAGAAAUUGAGAAUGUAGAAA